GGAGGAGAAAGGCGGAGGGGGCAAAACAACAAACAGCGCUUGGGCACGUGUGGGCGGGGCCAGGAGGAGAGAGAGAGAGAGAGAGAAGCAGGGAGGGAAGGGGAGAGAGAAGGGAAGAGGGAGCCUUGCCGGCCGCUUGCCCUUCUCCUCGCCCUGCCUUGGAGCCGGGAGUGGCCCCGCCCUGAGCCAGGCGAGCCUCCUCCGUUGGCGCCGCCUUGCCCUGCCCUGCCCUGCCCGGCAUUCCCACCGCUAUUCCUGCCUCGUCUCCGUUUGACAGCGCUGCCAAGGGAGCUCGGAGGCGCCUCUGCCUCUCUGGUGGGGGAUGCAGCCGGGCGGCGCCGAAGUCCGCGCCGGGGACCGCCUCACCAGCGCUGCCGCCCGAGGAGACCCCGAGGAAGUGCGCCGCCUCCUCCGGCAGGAGCUCCUCCGCCCGGAUGCCCGGAACCGCUUCGGGAAGACCGCGUUGCAGGUUAUGAUGUUUGGCAACGUCUUUGUGGCACAGGAGCUGCUGAAGCAAGGUGCCAACCCCAACCUUCAAGAUGCGUCAGGCACGGCCCCUGCCCAUGACGCUGCCCGCACUGGCUUCCUCGACACCCUGAAGGUCCUGGUGGAAUACGGGGCUGAUGUCAACGUCCCGGAUGCCUCUGGCUCGCUUCCCAUCCAUGUCGCCACCCGGGAAGGCCACGCCGAGGUGGUGCGCUUCCUAGCACCCUUGUCCCGGCUGCGGCACCAGGACUCGGAUGGGCGCACACCGCUGGAGCUGGCGCGGCAGCUGGGCCUUUCACCCAUCCAGGGCAUCCUGGAGCAGCACCUCUCUGCCCCAGCUUAGGGCGAAAGCAUGGGGAGGGUGCAGCCUCCAUGCCUGGGCAAAAGGGGGAAGCAAUCGACAUGGAACACACUUCACGCUCUUGUGUUUAAUCCCAUUUUCUUCCCUCCCCCCCAAAAAGGACUCUCCCCCCCUCCCCCUUCCUCCAAUGGGCCAUGGAACAAAGGCAGCUCCUCUUGCCCUACCUCAGAGUGUGUGUUCAAUAACCUUUGCUGUUGUUUCUAUUUAUGGGCCUGUUCAUGAGUUUUUUCCUCUUCUCUUUUGAUCAUUUCUUCCAAACUCAAGUCAUUUCCCUGGGAUCCAGGUGGCCCCUGAUGUGAAAUGCUCCUGUUGGUGCUAUUCAGGCUCCUUCUACACUGCCAUAUAAAAUCCAGAUUAUCUGCUUUGAACUGGAUUAUAUGACAAUGUAGACUCAUAUUAUCCAGUUCAAAGAAGAUAAUGUGGAUUAUCUGCUUCGAUAAUCAGGAUUAUAUGGCAGUGUAGAAGGAGCCUUGAUCUUUUGCUUUGGGCCUGAAGAGAAAAGGUGCAUCAGAGAUCUUGGGAAAGUUACAUUUCUGGAUUCCAAUUUCCAGAAUUCUCCAAUCAAUGGGGAACCACUACCCGUGCUGGGUAGAUUCUGGGAGCUGCAGAUCACAAAGGUAAAACUAUUUUCAGGUUCAGUGGAGUGUGCCUUAACCCUGUCUUAGCAUUGUUCCCCGCUCCUUGCUUUGGGAAGGUCCCAAGAUCCCCUAUGUUCAGGAUGGAUGCAAAGAGUGUGUCCAUUGCUAAGCAAAGACCUUGUCUUCUUCACCACUUGCACAAGAAAUCCCAGUGUUUAGAUAGUUUGUCUCCACAUCCUUGUUCCAUUUGAUUUUUCCUUUUGAAAAAAAAAUUACAAAUCAUCUGAUAUGUUUCACUUUGGCUCCAUCUACACUGCCAUAUAAAAUCCAAUUAUCAUGCUUUGAACUGGAUUAUAUGGCAGUGUAGAUUUAUAUAAUCCAGUUCAAAGCAGAUAAUGUGGAUUAUCUGCUUUGAUAAUCUGGAUGAUAUGGCAGUGUGGAAGGAGCCUUAUUCCCUUGUGUACCAGGAUGGGAUGGCAACAGUGCUAGAAAGAAUUACUAGAAGACAAUUCCAUGAUAUAUUCCUGCCUCUAGAGAGGACCUUUAUCUUGGCAUCACUUUCAUCUCUCUGUAGCAUCUUAUCUAUACUGGAUUCUCUUUCUUUUAAGACCCCCACCUGUGAACCCAGGGACAUCUUGUAGUCUUUAAGCCAUUUCUAGUUUUCACCUUGGUCUUUGGCAGUUAUCCCUGGCCUCAUACAUGUAUCAAAAAGUGUGCUGAAUCUGUUAUCUUUGACUAAAAUGUUUAAGGCUUGUUGUGGCAGCUUGUUCCCCGUAAUGAAUUUGUGGAUCUGAGCUGUGUAUAUAGUAGAUUUUAAAGGAGGGAAAUUUUUAUUCUAUUUAUUGUGAUUUGCAAGGGUUUGUUUUAUGGAAUGAUUAAUUUAAUUAUUAAAAACUUUAAAUCUAUUUGUUAUUGA